AUGGACUCUAAGUAUGUUGGUGGAAGUCAACUUAUGCACUUUUUGACGGAUGAAACCGGUCCUAGGUGCGGCGAUUUCACAUUCAACGAGCAUGAUUUGGUGCUCACAUGCUCUCGUGAGGUGAAUCUGAACGACCAACCAGCUCAAAUCACGGUUAGUCACCCAAAGAUCCCAGGUCUUUCAUGGGUUAUAUUUUUCUACCAAACCGGCCCCAAUCAGUACCAACCGCGAAUCGCCUACGAUUUUCCUAGCUACUUGCGCGGCGACUGUGAAGUCUGCAUUCAAUUUGCCGGCAUGCACUGGAUGGUGAAGCACAAGUUCGAGGGAAGCUCAUGGUUGACCACAUCUCUAGCGCCGAAAGUGAUGAAUGAACGUUGGGUUACUCUGGGGACGGUGAAGAAGGCUGACGUUCGCAUUAACAUCACUAAGAUUUGGUUUAAGUUUCCUAUAUUCACGGCGUGUUGUCACCCGAUCAAAACGAAGAGGACAGUUCGUCUGCCAGACUUCACUAUGCCAGAUCACUUUGCGGACGUACAGCUUUUGCCACAAGAUCCAAACAAUCGGAAACUCUUUGCACAUCGUCAAGUCUUAGCUAUGAAUUCUCCUUGGUUCUACGAGCGCUUCCGACAUGCUGCUAGCCUCAAUUGUGGUGACAUUGGACCGAUUGUCUCAAUUCCCUUUGAUUUUGACUGCGUCCACAAUUUCCUUCGUUUUAUUUAUCCCAACACUGAUUUUCAAAUUGGUCCUCUUAACGUGGAGGGCCUUAUGGACAUGGGAAAGGAGUAUCAGAUGCCCUACGUAAUUAGACAGUGUGAGAAGUUUCUCUACAAGUAUAUGGAGGGUGGAUCGGCAGUUCUGGCCUACUAUCUGGGCCGCAAGCACGAGCUUCCGGCACUUCAAGAUGCUGCUCUGCUCCACUUAGCCGAAUUGAACUCAUCACAAUUACGGUCGCGCAUCGCAAUUGAUAUGAAAGACAAGACUGCAGACACACAGGAGAUUCUCCUCAAUGACCUUUGCGUCCGCCUCUCAGGUUGA